AUGUGUUACCUUUACGGUGUGGCUACCAUGGUUUUCCCAAAGCCACUGCCCAGCGCCUUUGUGCCCAGGAAGCUUAUUUGUGUUCAGCUGGGCAGCAACAUAUCAUGUCACGUGUUGUUUCAGGUCACCCUGAUGGAAGUUUCCACCGGCCGCUUUCCUUACAUCAGCAUGCUGGAGGGCCGUGGGCGUGCCUGCAGCGUAGUUGCCAUCACCAACAGGCACAUCCUGACGGCAGCCAGUUGCAUUUUUGCACCUGGGAAUUCUGCAGAAUUGAUGUUCGGGCCUUGGAAGGGAGGCGCUAGCAGUUGGUGGACUCUGAUCUGGCAGGGCCUGUGGAGGGAACAGGUGCAUGUCCAUCCCAACUGGACAGGAUUGGCUGCUGAUGGAUACGACAUCGCGAUCUUGACGCUGGCAGUGCCUAUUCAUGCUCUACCAGUAGUCCUUGCCGACCCGACAUUCCGCAUUACAAGUGACUCUCGCAUCCAUGCCGUUUGGCCCCAGAAUGUAGGGCGCACUCAAGUCGGUCUCCAACCUGCAAACCCUGAGCCCCUGUGCCGCAGCCCCCAUGUUUCUACAGAGGCCACAUCCUGCGCCCAGUCAAUCGGGACCUGCGGUCCUCAAGGUUCUGUGUUGGUGCUACUGGACAUACCCUCCGCAGGAGUGGAGACCCUUGGCAGUGGCAGUGCUCUUGAUGCCACCCUUGAUUCUGGACCUCCAAACUUGGACCUACUUGUGGGCAUCUACCCACAGCCUAGUGUCGCAGUGCACAACAACACCACAGCAAUGGUAGCUUGGAUAGCAAAUAUUCGAGCCUGGAUUGAUAAGAUUGUGAAAAGGAAAUCUCUGCUUUAG